UGAGCGCCUCGAGGUGCCGCACACACGGUGGGGCCCCGGCCAGAGGGAGCUGCCCUCCGGGGCCAGGAUCGGGGUCAGGGUGCAGGCACCCCGCCGUCACGUGGGGAGAACGAUGGCCUGGGCCUGUGACAGUGGGAUGGGGGACCUGCUUAGAGCACGUGUGAUCCACAGUGAACACUUGACGCCCAGCACCUGCCAGUCCCCCAUGGCCCCGUGGAGCCGAGAGGCGGUGUUGAGUCUCUACCGGGCUCUGCUGCGCCAGGGCCGAGAGCUUCGCUACACGGACCGGGACUUCUAUCUUGCCUCCAUCCGCCGUGAGUUCCGGAAAAAUCAGAAGCUAGAGGAUCCCGAGGCCCGGGAGAGGCAGCUGGAGAAGGGCCUGGUCUUCCUCCAGCGCAGACUGGGGGGCAUUAUUUAGGAUCCUCUCCUUUCCUCUGCCGUCCUAAUUCAAGGGAAGGAGGGCAAAGGUGCCUUCUGUGGACCCUCCUGCUCCCCCCCUCCCCCCACCUCACAGAUGCAGUAGCAGCUGCAGAAACUAUAAUCCAGAAUAACACGAAGGUAUUGAAAAUGAGUCUAGAGCUCACCAAAGCUGCUGGGAAGGAGGGAAGCAGGAGGAAGGAACAUGUGUGGACGGGGCCUCUUGCUGUUUCAGAUGUACGAUAGGGC